AUGAAUGGGACAGCCAUUGAAAAUUUUGUAUGUGUCAUUUAUAAUGUUUCCUUCAUGAACUGCACUUGGCAUGUGGGCAGGACUGCUUCAGGAGAUACCCAAUAUUUCCUGUACUGGAAGACCUCAAGGAAGGAAGAUCUCACAGAAUGCCAGAAUUACAUCAAAGAUAAUUGUGGAAGGCACACAGGAUGUAGAUUCCAAAAUGUGACAAUAGAAAAUAAGAGAGCUUAUUUCCUGGUAAAUGGGUCUAGAAGUGGACAAAACAUUCAGUCACAUGAGAAGAUGAUUAUGCUGUACAAAAUUGAAAAACUUACCCCUCCAUUAAAUGUCACUGUGAACUGUAGAGAAGCUUCUCAUGUUUGUGAAAUUUCGUGGCAACCACCUCGCACAAGUCACGUGAAAAGACAUGCUUGUUUCAAAUAUGAAAUUGUCAUAGAAAACAAGGCUGAUCCUGAGAAAAACAUCAAAACCACAUCUAAAACAGAAAGAAGCAUCAGAGGAAACUCCUACAUAUUUGAGAGCUUCAGAGCAGAAAAAAGGUACAGCGUCAAAAUCAGAGCCACUGACAAUGGUUGUUUAGUGAGCACAAGCUGGGGAGAGUGGACUACACCCAUAGAGUUUGGCAUGAAUGGGUCGGCCAUUGAAAACUUCUCCUGCAUGAUUUAUAACGUUUCCUUCAUGAACUGCACUUGGCGGGCAGGCAGGGAUGCUCCAGGAGAUACCCAAUAUUUUCUCUACUGGAAGAACUCGAGAUAUGAUGAUGCAAUGGAAUGUGAGCUUUACAUUAAAGAUGAAAAUGGCAGAAACACAGGAUGUAGAUUCCAAAAUGUGAAGAUAGAGAUUGAAAAAGCUUACUUCCUGGUGAACGGGUCUAGCAAAGACUCCCUGAUCCAGUUCUAUGAUGAGUACAUUCAACUGUAUAAAAUUGAGAAGCUCAUGCCUCCAUCAAAUAUCACUGUCAACUGUGAUGAAAUUAAAAAAGAUUGCAUAAUUCAAUGGCAACAACCCCAAAUAAGUCAUUCUAACAAAGACAAGUGUUUUAAAUAUGAAAUCAACAUAAAGUAUAAGGAUAAUCCUGAGGGAAAAACCAAAUAUACUUCUAUACAAGAAGGGGUGAAUAGUCACACAUUUCAAAGAUCCAAUACAAGAAAGAGGUACCUCCUGAAAAUGAGAACAGCUGGCAGUGCCUGCCUUGUGAACCCAGCCUGGGGGGAGUGGAGUGCACCUGUGGAGUUUGGAAAUGAAGAAAUUAUUUCUUCUUCAGUAUGGAUUUUACUUGUGGUAGCAGUUGUGACCCUCUUAGUGGCAGUCGUUGUAAUUUUGCUCUGCAAAAGGACUGGCUGCUGGAAAGCAGCAUUUCCACAAAUUCCAGAGCCAAAAAAAUACAUUUCGUGGACUGCCUAAUACAAAUCCAGAGCUGAUGGAGAGCAGAAUUCAGUCAAUAACAUCUGAAAAUGAAGAGAUAAUAUUAGUUGCUGACAUAGUGAAAUAACCAAGGAAAACU